AUGUGUAUGAGUGGAUCGAGGAGUUUAAAAAAUGGCUGGACAAAAGUGAAGCAGGAAGAGGAAGUAGGGCGCUCAUCAACCGCCACCAUUGAUGUGAAGAUUCAAAAAGCUCGAGAGAUGAUUCUGACGAACCAAAGGGUGACUAUCGAUGAGGUAGCAUGUUCUCUGCAAAUUAGUCAUGGUUCUGCGUAUGAAACUGUCCACGACAAGCUUCGCUUUUAUAAAGUUUCUGCAGGGUGGGUGCCAAGAGAGCUAACCGAAGCACAUAAUUGCAAUCGUGUGGAUAUCUGUCAACACUUAUUCGACCACUACAAUGAUGAAGGCGAAGCUGCUUUCGAUAGAACUGUCACAGGAGAUGAGAUCUGGGUCCAUCUCUUUGGACCAGAAUCCAAAAUGCAGAGUAUGGAAUGGAAACACCAGGAAUCGUCCGCAAAAAAAGAUUCAAGACGCAAACCUUCUGCAGAAAAAGUCUUGCCAAACGUUUUUUGGGACACAAAAGGGCCUAUAAUGGAACAUUACGUGGGAAAAGAAUACUACAGUCACUAG